AUUUACCUUAUAUUAGCUAUAAAAGAACUAGCCAAAUUUACGUGACUUAUUUGAAGUAUUGAAAAUCAAUAAUCUAAAAAACUGAAUCGAAGAUGAAGUUGUAUAUUUUUGUCUCAAUUCUGUUGCUGUUUACCUUGGUCAAGGGUUUUGCUUACCGGCCUAGAUUUGACGAUAGAUCCGACCCUAGAUUUGACGAUAGAUCCGAGCCUAGAUUUGACGAUAGAUACGGGCCUAGAUUUGACGAGAGAUACGUGCCUAGAUUUGACGAUAGAUACGGGCCUAGAUUUGACGAUAGAUUCCAGCCUAGAUUUGACGAUAGAUAUUAUGAUAGAUAUAGUGAAAAUCACCGCGACGUAGAUGAUCCAAUUACUCGUCUUUAUUUUUUUCCUGAACUUGACGUACUCUUUGGAAUAUUUAAACAAAAUAGUAUUUUACCUUGGAAGUCUUCUCCAUCAAGAAAAGGGCUCUUCAAUCCAAGCAAAUUCAAUAAUAUAUAUCUACGAUCAAAACGUGCUGCUUUUAACUAUCCUACCUUUAACAAUAAUCCAAAUGCUUUACCCGGUCCACAUGGCUUAUAUGUAAAACCCCGUCAAUGCACCAACUGCACUAUUCCUUUCUAAAUAUAUGGAUUUAAUUAUUAUUGUACUAUGGGUUUGUAAUACAUCUUAUGUUAAAAA